AUGGCGACACCACAGCAGCAGUACAGAUCGCUGCCCCUGCGAAUCCUCUACACAAUAAACAGCUCGCCCCAAUACAUCCUUGCCCGUUCGCACACCGCCUAUCCCGUCGACCUCAUCCCCAGCCCCAACGACCCCCGCAGCGACGCACAGACCUCCAUAUCGCACGCCUACGCGUCAACAGCCCUCAAGCACUGUCUCCAUACAAUAUGCAGGUCCAGUCCAGAGCUCGUCCAGGACAGCUCAAGAGACUUUUCUGUCUACGUACUGGACCCACUGGAAUCGAAUUCUGCUCCAGCGCCAGUCCAAAUCUCCAACUCAAGCUCGAAAUCAGCAGAUGUACCUUCAGGGACUGUCCGGGGAGUUGCAGUUGGAUUUGGGCUGAUGUCCUGGGCGUUGCGGGCAGACGAUGAUUCGGUUAAAGCUGUGGGGACAAUUGUUCGAACGAGCGGCUCAGAGUCACUGGAGGUUGUCUUUGCUCUACGCGAAACGAUAACACAAUCUCUACCAUCAUGGAGUGCUCCUUCAGCACACAACUCGCAGUACGCAGACAUGAACCGCACCUCGUCCCAUAUUGCCAAUUCCUCUAUUCGAUCAUCCUCGAGCGCGACACGGUAUUCAACCUCUCAGCCAGUUGCUUCCACCUCGGCUGUUACAGAAACCAAGGUCAAAACUUCGAAACCACGGAGAGCAGCUCCAGUAACGGAUUCAGACCAAUUCCUGGACGCGCCGCAUGUUUACAUUGGUCCCCAAAAGAAGAAGGGCCGCCCCAAGAACUCAAAGACUUCGAGUUCAGCUCCAUCUAGGAGACAGUCGAACGUAACCCAACCUAAAUCCAGCGACGUCAUCCGUAUCGACUGUGAAAGGGACCAAACUCAACGUAUUACCGCCGUCAAUCCGACCUCUUCGAACUCAUGGCCUUCGUCUUCUCAUCCUCCAUUACAAUCUGAAGUAAAAGUGGAGCCUCAAGACGACGAUGCCAAGGUGCUAGAGUUACUGAAAAACAUGUCAGGGAGCUCCCCAGAGGAUAUGGCGCAGAGUUCAGCCAUCCUUGCUGCCCUUGGUGCCAUCGAUUCUAAUUCCUCAAAUAAUGCCGCGAACACUACUUCAAAUCCGAUGCUGAUUGCUGCACUGAGGCAACUACUCGCCUAUUAUGUGAACCCUGCGGCCUUGAUGCCUCCCCCUCCAGCGCCUCAGCCUGUUCAACCUGCUCCCUCAACCACGCCUGCGGUGCCUACCUCAAACGCACCCGACGAUGAAAUUGUUAUCUUGGACAAGGAGAAUCUCGACCCAUCACUCUUUACCCGUAGGCCACAGCGAGACUUAUCUGAUAGCAAACUGGGAAUUCUCAACGGAGCCACUGGGGAGAGUCAACCCAUCCGACCGGCGGCAUUGGGCACGCGAUCCAAUGGUGCUUCUCCCCCACAGCCGGCGCCAAACUUUACCGACCCACUUCCUUCAGCUCCUUCCACGCGGAAGCGUACGCUAAGCGAGUUUAUGGACGAACGGGAAAAUAUGAAGAACAAGGAAAAGGGCAAGUCUCGCGACAAGAAAGAAACUCACCGUGGAGCUUUCUUGCAACCCAAACCACCUGUGGACGUUUACCGCCACUACCGAAUGCACGACAGCGCGCUACCCAAAUCCGAUAAUCCCAUGUCCUACUAUCGACAACCGCUACCCUACUCCUCCCCAGCGAGACCAACAAAUGCAGACAUCGCGUCCAAUGACCCGUACCUUGCGGACAGUGAAACCAAAGGCUCUAACCAUGCCCUCAACCGCUCUCCGGCGCGUCCCCAACGCAUUGCCCAAUCUUCACCCAUACGAAACCAAGUACCGCGUAAGAAAUACAAAGUGCCAGAGUGGGCCAAAACGACCACCGCUAUGCAACCAAGGCUAUCCGAAGACGCUCAAAGAGCCAUGAAGGAGGCAGAGGAAAAGAAGAAGCGAGAUAAAUUGGAAAGAAGGAAGCAGCAAGCGAAUUUGGAGAAGGCAAGGCGGAGGCAACAACAAGAGGCAGAAGAACAGCACGUCGUUCCGGUUCCCUCUUCGUCUUCGACCGUUGUGCAGCGGAUCACAUCUACAACGACUUCCACCACUACCAUUGCAACCACCACCUCUACAACUGGGACAGGCCACAAGGGCCUUCCUUUCGUCGCCGCUAACAUCUCGCCCCUGCGAAACUUAUUCUCCAGCCCAGGCCGGCGAUCACCCUCUCCUUCACCUGGUACUCGUACUCCGCAUAUUCCCCAAACUCCCACAAGGCCGAAGGGGAAGGCUACACCUCAUGGUUCUGCGUUGCAUGCCGAGUCUUUAUUCACUCCUCUCAGUAAGACUGGAGGGAGUCUUUUCGGAAGCGUGCUGGGAAGUGCUCGAACUCUCCGUCUCUCUCCUCAGGUCGGUUACGGACCUUCUGGUUCUCCUUUGAACAGGAAGAAACCUCGGACCUCCUCUCCUCACUCUCCCCUCAAACCUAAGGCCCUAUUCCGUUCGCCGUCGACAAGUCGAUCACCGUCAAAGGACGCGGAUGAGCCGAUGGACAAGGGGACGGACUUGGAUCGAGAACUAGACGAAGCGUUCGAAGAUUUGGAUUGUCCCUCGAGCUCAUUACCUGUCGCUAGCGAUGUCGAAACUGACGAGGUGCCGUUCUCGGAGUCGACGGCGGGAGAACCAGAGAACGAAUUCAAACCUGAUGACGAUCAGGAAGAAGAUGAAGAAGUAACAAUCCAUCGCAAGAAAGAAAUUUGGGAAGGUCUUCCUCCGUCAUCGCCGCUGCCACCCUCAAGUCCGCCUCUGCUAUCCGAAAAUCCCUCUGACACCAAUGACGAGGAUAUGGACGACUUGCAGCUCCCCGUCGCCACAUCCGACAUGGAGACGGACUUUGAAGGCGGCUUCUCAUCUAUGAAUGAGGCAUUCUCGGAAGACGACACACUUGCAGAAGGCGACUUCUCAGCCUAUUUUGCGAUGGACAAGGAGGAAAAGCCGCCCAUGCUAUCUGACGACAUAUUUGAGCAAUUCACCAACAUUAACGCUCAAUCUGACGGCUCGCAGAGCAGUGAGCAGCUAGUUGCCAAUAUGACGUUGGAAGGGCUUGACUUGACCUCUUUCUGGCGGGCCUUCAAUCCCGUGUUGGAGGGCAAUAUGCUCACUGACCCAGCUAAUGGUGGCGUUGCUAGUAGCAGCUCUGGGGAUGAUGGCAUGGCUGCGUUGUUUAAUUUCAACGAUAUAAACAUGAAGGACCUUCAGGCUGGGAGUGGUCUCCCUGUGUUUGAUCAUGAAGGUAUUGCGAAGGAUGUCAGCGCCCUGUUCAGCGGAUGUGUAGUAUAA